AUGACCCUGCGGUCAAAAAGACUAAUCGACGAUUGGUUGAGGCUCGAUGAGUUCGCAACUAAACGGUUGUGGAAUCAUCUCUUUUCGAAGGAGAUUUUCUCCGAAAAGGAGUUUGUCAUCGGCCCAGAGCAGCCUCCAGUACAAUUGCAUUCUAGGAGACGGGCCGACUUUAUCAUCGAACGGUAUAGCGGCCGGGAGUUGGUUAUCCAGGUCAUGGUCGAGCUGAAGAAGGGCAGAGCUGGGCCUCAAGAUGUCGUGGAUGUGGAGAGUCAGCUAUACUCCGCUUGUUAUGAGUACUAUACGGAACACCCCGAACGGGAAAAAAUGUGGACGUGCAGCAUCUGCGGGCCCAGGGUCCGCAUCUGGGCCUUCGACGCUCAGCUUGACUACCUGGUCCCCGCGUGCCCAGCCUACGGCGCCAUAGGGGAGAUUUCAUCCUACCUCGACUUUCGAACUUCGGAAGCAACUCUGAUGGCCUACUCCGAUACCAUUAAGCAGAAUUUGCAACCGCCUGACGCCGUGUUCGAGGUGUCAGAGGCCAGCACAUCGGACGAAAGCAUGUCGGACGACGUGAUCUUGGAAGAGUUGAACCCAGCGAGUGUCACAUUCGCUGUUGCAGUCAAAAGGCGCAGCCAGGGACCGAAAAUCAAGACGAGAGAUGGCACCGGAGUCAGCACUGACAAAGCCAGAUGGAAACCAGCGCAAUGCAUGGUGGAUGGGACGAUGGUUAAGGGCUUCAAAUAUGUAGGUAACUCGGGGACGGUUUAUCUUUCCAUGAAUGUCAACAACUACUUCUAG